UGCACUUUUGCUUUUUUCCCCACUCUUCUUCUUUUUUCUUUCGACGCAUCAGCUCAGAGGAGAGCAGAGAAAAAGGAGAGGUGUGUUCAGAUCAGAUCAGAUCAGAUCAGAGACACACAGGGGUGAACUCGAGCGUUUGGGUGUGAAAAUAGACCCGCCUUCCUCAUCUGAAAAUAACUGCGGCGGGGUUAGAAACAGGAAACUUGUGCGCUUCACCUUUUUGCAGGCUCACCGAUGCAUCAUUUGACACUUGAACAGGUUCCCCAAACAAACCCUCCACAGCAGCAGCAGCAGCAGUGCCGUCAAACACCGAAACGAGGAGUCGUUCGUUAGGACAAACUGAGAACAGAUGACCUCUUUUUACGACGAGAAAGAUUUGGAGGAAGAGCUCAGUCGAGUCAACUGCCCCGAUGAGGAUUUGGAGUUUGAGUACUUGUUUGAAUAUGAACCACCUUGCAGCAGCGACUUCGCUGCGGGAGAUCAAGAUGACCCCAACCUCGCAUCUCACAAAGUCCUCAGCCCUGAGUCUGAGCAGGCUUUCCCUCUGGUGCAGGCGUCCCCGUACGGCAUCAAGUCCUGCAGCCCCUCCUACGGCAACCACAACACCGAGGUUCUCUCGGGCUAUGAGAACCAGGAGGCCAGACACUACCUGGACAACAGUACCCGGCCUGCGGGCCUAGCCCUGAGCCCGCGGAUCGAAAUCACCCCCUCCCGUGAGCACUACAACCAUGGUAGGGACUCCCUGCAGAACCACCACCUGAACAUUAGCCCCAGACCCACCCUCACCGUGCCCGGCCAUGACAGCCUUGCGUACCGCGAGCCACAGUGCCUGAGUCCCGCCAGCAGCAACUCCUCCACCAGCUGGCACUCGGAGAGUUACUCCCCCUGGGCGUCCCCCUGCGUGUCCCCCAGCAGUGGCCAGAACCCUGGAGACCUGUGCCCCAGAUUGCAGAACAUCCACACUGGCUCCCCCCGCACCUCCCCGGGCACCUCUCCUCAUACCAGCCUAGCCGAGGACGGCUGCCUGGGAACCCGCUCGCCCUCCUCCAGACCCGGCUCACGCUCCACCUCCCCGCAGGGCAAACGCACCUACGACAUGUACAGGAACCCGGGCCUGGUCCCCGGGCACCGCUCCCGCAGUCCCUCCCCCCUCAGCGUCCACGAAGAUCACAACAUAGCCGCCCACUAUACACACAGCAGCCUCGCCGAUGCCAUGAAUGGCUUUGGCGGCGGUCAGCCAGGCCUGGUGCCCACUAAAAUAGUCAAGACGUCCAACCAGGUUUACACUCUGUACCCAGAGAACCACGUGGAAGGGAACUACUUGGUGUCCUGCGACCAGGACCUAAAAGCCAAACCGGCUGCAGAGCCUUUCUUUGUCAUCCCCCCAAUCUGGUCCAAGCCGCUGGUUUCCAGCAUCUGCAGCAUCCCUGUGGCUUCUCUCCCCCCGCUGGAAUGGCCUAUCCCUAGACGCACGGACCAGUAUGAGCUCCACAUCGAGGUGCAGCCCAAGCCACACCACAGAGCUCACUAUGAGACAGAGGGAAGCAGGGGUGCAGUCAAAGCCCCCACAGGAGGACAUCCUGUUGUGCAGUUACAUGGCUACAGAGGCAAGGAGCCACUCGGCCUGCAAAUCUUCAUCGGUACAGCAGAUGAGCGCAUCCUCAAGCCCCACGCCUUUUAUCAAGUCCACCGCAUCACUGGCAAGACAGUUACGACCACCAGCUACGAGAAGGUCAUCCACGGCACCAAAGUCCUCGAGAUCCCGCUGGAGCCAAAGAACAACAUGAAAGCAAUAAUCGACUGUGCUGGGAUCCUGAAGCUCAGGAACGCCGACAUCGAGCUGAGGAAGGGCGAGACGGACGUCGGUCGGAAAAACACCCGCGUUCGCCUUGUGUUCCGUGUGCACAUACCUCAGCCUGGAGGACAGCAUGUCUCUCUCCAAGUGGCCUCGCAUCCUAUCGAGUGCUCCCAGCGUUCAGCACAUGAGCUUCCCAUGGUGGAGAAGCAGGACAUGGACAGCUGCUCAGUUCUGGGAGGCCAGCAGAUGAUCCUGACUGGGCAGAAUUUCAGCUCCGAUUCCAAGGUCAUUUUCUUGGAGAAAACCCAGGAUGGGCAACAAAUCUGGGAAAUGGAAGCAACAGUGGACAAAGACAAGAGCCAGCCUAGUAUGCUGUUUGUGGAGGUGCCGUCCUACCGAGACUCGUCCGUCUGCCAUCCUGUCAAAGUCAACUUCUACGUCAUUAACGGCAAGAGGAAGCGCAGCCAGCCUCAGCAUUUCUCCUACACACCACUGGCAUCUCCAUCCAUCAAGACGGAGCCCUUAGAUGAGUAUGAAGCAGACCACAUGGGGUUCGCCAUGCCUCAGAUCUUGGGUUUAUCCCCUCAUUCCUACUACCAUAACCCACGCGGCGUCCUCCACCCGGACAACGGCCUGGUCUCCGGCAUGGCCUCCUGCCAGCGUCUCAGCUCCAGCCUCCCGAGCCAAGACGUGCGUUUCCAGCAGCAGAGCUCGGCCAUCGUGUAUUCCCGCGGGGGCAAGAGCAUGAGCGGCAGCCCCGGGCUUUACCAGCAGACUGGAGGGAUGAUUGCCGACCCCCACCGGUCGGUCCUGGUCCACACGGGCUCCCCGGCUCAGUCUGUAGGUCCCAUUGGUGCGGGCCAGCACCCUUCCAUCAUCCAGUUCUCCCCCACCAACCACCACCUGCUCCGGGGAGGAGACCCUCAACCUCUCGUGGCUCCGCAGCCUGACGGAGGGAUCAUCUACUGCGACGGCUACUCCCCGCAGGCCGCCGCCGCCGCCCACUCGCCCGAGCCCCCCCAGGUUCAGGUGCCAGCGACCCACCCUCAGCACUACCCCACCGUGAUCCAGCAGCAGCCCUACGCGCCGAAGGGGCAGCAGAAAGGCCGGGCACCGCCUGGCACGGGGCAGAUGGAGGCUCCGGGUGACGGACAGAGGAGGGUGACGGUCAAGGAGGAGAACUUGGACCAGAUCUACCUAGAUGAUGGUGAGUUGAAUGAGAUCAUAAGAAAGGAUCUGACCGGCGUCCAGGCCAGAGCGCAGACAUAGAGGACGGACCCGAGCAGGAAAUGACAACAUACCCCUCCCCUUCCCCUUCCGACAGACACACACACACGUCUUCUACCUACCAGUGAGGUGACGCAUAUCCACCAACAAUCAUACCUUCUCUUCCUCAUUUUCUUUAGCCGCAGAGAAAGAAAUAUCAGCUCCCGGCUGCUGUGUUUGCUUUGGAUGCUUUCAUGCAAUAAACAGUUUCAUUUGGCAAACAGGAGAAUUAAUUUGACGUCAUAACGCCAACACCCAGCAGGUUUACAACAAACCAAUGAGAAAUGGGAUACAGAUACAGGCUGUAACAGGAAAAUAGGGAUACACCUAGUUUUUCAAAAUAAAAGCCCUAGAAGGUAAUGUGCCUUAUUUUUAAAAUUGUAUUUUCUGGUUGAAGUUUGGAUGCAGUUUGUUUUACAGAGGAAUAUAGAGAUAAAACAAAAUAAAGCAUUAGCCAUACUGUCCAGGCAAUACACUCAACCGUUUGCCCUAUAAUAGGGAACGACAGUUAUGUAGCACUUAGCAUUUUCAAAUUUGUAAAAUUUAUUUUUGAAGUAAACUGGUUGGUCGACAGCUUGAUUUCAUACCAAAAAUUCAGCCCAAAUAUGAUAUAUCAAAUAUGUCUUGUGGCCAAAAAGCUUGUCAAUCUUCUUGCACAUGUGUAUUUUGUCUUGUGUGUAACUUCAUAUGCAGUUUUACAUGAAAAGAUUGUCCUGGGCUUAAAUGCUGAUCAUCUCAUUCAAAGUGCAGUUUUCUAAUUGAAGUGAAGCGCACACUGCCUUAACCAUAUACAAAUGAACUAUUGUGACGCCUCCUAAUAUGCACUGUUUUCAAUAACAGGGGGUCAAUGUUAUUACUUUUUUUACAUAAUAUUUGAGUCAUGUGAAUAAUGUACCAUUUUAUAUUCGUAAAAUAUAUAUAUUGCAUUAUAUUCAGGUUAUAAUGCCAAAGUGGCUUCACAGGGGCCUGCCGUGCUACAGCGAUAGCAUGGCUCUACAUUUUUAAAUGAUUUCUUUGCUCGACUUGUAUUUUCAAUCUUGCAUUGAAAAUUAUUUUAAAAUGAAUCUUAAGUCUAGCUGAUGCAAGCUGAAGUAAGAGAUUUUGUACACUCAAAUUCUUGCUUUUUUUUUAAUCAAAUAUUUUUGUCUAUUUUAUUUGUAUUGCUCUUAAAGUUGAUUGUAAUAACUUGUUUGAUUUCUGUGGCUGCUUCCACAGUUUAAAACCAAAUAUUCCAAAGCUUAUAAUGUGUGUAUUGUUCUGUGUAUAGUUGAAUUUUGAGUCUAUCCAUAAUGACAAUCGGUAUACUGAAAGCUACGUGCCUGCCUAUGCAGAAGCUUCAUGCUUGCUGAUGUAAAGAGCAUUUUCCAUUUUAUUCAUUAUUCUUUACACACACUGUGAGCACAGUAGGGAAACACAGUGUGUAUAACUCAUGUACCAAUACAGAGUAUUACAAGUAUUUUAAAACAAUAUUUUUGUAAUAUUUCACUGAGUGAAUUGGAGUACAUUGAAAGUGCCAUUUGUAUGAUUGUAAAGAGAAAAGUGAAGAAAAGCGGUAAAAAUCCAUAAUGGAGGUAAAAUGUAAGACUGAAUUCAAUUUUUAAUAUUUGAUAUGGACCUAUUUGAUAGAAAAUAAGAUUUUAUUUUGUGAUAUUAGUAGAGCUAAUAUUGAACUAUUAAUUAUAUUUCUCAUUGAGCCAGUGCAUUUGACAUUUCUUGAAUGUAAUUAAAUAAUUUGUCCCCUUUUCUGUAAAUAUUAGAUACAAAGUGUGAUUGUCCAUGUGUUACCAUAAAGUUUGAGUAGACUAAAAUAGAAUUUGUUGUCUGUCAAGUAUCUUUUACAUGUCUCUUGUGCUUAUAAUAUACACAAUGUUAUAGUUAUCAUCAUAUCUUUUAUCUGUUUUAUUACAAUGUAAAACUUUGUCUGUUUCUGAAGUGAAUUAUGAUACCUAAGACUUUUAAGUUUUCCCCUUAAUAGGUUAUAUUUUUGUUUAUGCAUUUGUUAUUAUUAUUUUACAAUCUUUAAAGAAAUCAUUGGUAAUGAAAAUGUUAUUAAUACUGUCUUAUUUUAUUUUCUAUGUUGAUAGUUGUCAUGUAUUUGUUUCAUUUGGUGUCUACUAGACUUUGUGCCUCCUUAAAAAGUCUCUGUUUCAUGCUAUUUUUGUAUCCUUAAAAGUAGCAAUAAAUAAUAACCAUAUACAUCA